GUUAUUUUUGACGUUUAGUAGUUCGUGUUCGUGUGGAAUUGUUUCAUUCGCAGUCUUCGUUUUUACUAAAAAUCUAAAGAAUUAUGUGUACAAAUAAUUUUUAUAAUUUUUGGUUGUAACUUUUAAUUACUAUGGAUUGAUUACGGUAUCGUGGUCCAUGUGGACAUGUGUGUUGUGUUGUGUGCUCCAACUAAAUUAAUCUAGAAACCCAAGUACUGAAUAACAAUUUUCGGCCAAUAUAAGCAAAUAUCGACGUAUUUGCAGUUAAUUCAUUUCCGUCUUGGAAGACCAAUAACAUAAAUUGCUCGUAUGUUUAUAUAUUCUAAUAUAUGCGAAUACAAUAUUUAAUAAAAACUAUAAGGCUGUUUGGACUUCGUUUGGCUCUUCAAGUUAAAGGAAAGUGGGAAAGUCUUUUCUUUCCAUAAACAAUGAAAAACGACGUUGUACGAUGGUCAACUCAAAAAAGGAGGAAGACAUAUAGCAAACUGUGUUGCAACCAAGAAAACAAGAAGUUCCCAGCAUAUUGUGCUGGCGAGAUAUCAUACAAUACAACAUUUCUAGGCAGCUCAUACGCGAGUGGUUCGCUAAUUCAGUCCGUCAGAUGUGAUACUUUAUACAAUAAUAUAAUUUUAGCUGAAGAUGUAAAUAAGUAUGGAUCUACAAACUACCCCGAACGACGAAAUUGGCAUAAUUACUUAAACGAAUAUCGACAUGAGAGCCGGAGGCACAGUUCCAACCGAAAAUGCAGAUCUAGCUAUUGGUCCACGCUUAUAUUUGAGAUAGGCAUCGCCAUUUUUUUGUGUUCCUUUCAGGUUAGUCUCGUUUCAUGCAGCGAGUUUGAAAGCGGCUCUGUCAUCGACGACAGGUCAUUGCUGCAUGAACUGGAUUACGCCGAUAAGGAGAGUAGUUUUGAAAAUCAUUACACGCACACUUGGGCCGUACACAUACCAGAUGGUGAUAUGGAUAGCAAAGCUGAUGCAGUGGCGCAUGAUAACGGAUUUGUAAAUAUGGGCAAAAUAUUUCAAGAUCAUUAUCUGUUCGCUCAUCACAAGGUAGCAAAGCGAUCAGUGGAACCUUCUACAAAUCACCAAUCAAGACUUGAUGAAGAUGGACGUGUCACUUGGUCUAAACAACAAAUUGCCAAAUCCCGUCGGAAAAGGGACUUCAUACGAAUGAGGCCUUCACGAACUUCGUCGAGGUCCGCCUCUUCAAGGGUAAAGGCCAUGCCUUUUACAGACCCUAAAUGGGAGCACAUGUGGUAUUUGAAUCGAGGCGGCGAUUUGGACAUGAAUGUAAUACCGGCGUGGAAAGAAGGUAUUACGGGCAAAGGAAUUGUGGUUACUAUCUUAGACGAUGGCCUUGAGUCCGAUCAUCCUGAUAUAAUAAACAACUAUGACCCAAAGGCUUCUUAUGACGUGAAUAGUCAUGACGAAGAUCCUAUGCCUCAUUACGAUUUGGCCGACUCAAAUCGACAUGGCACAAGAUGUGCGGGCGAGGUUGCCGCAACUGCAAAUAAUUCAAUAUGUGCUGUAGGAAUUGCGUUUGGUGCCAGUGUUGGCGGUGUCCGAAUGUUAGAUGGGGACGUUACUGAUGCCGUAGAAGCUCGUUCGCUGUCUUUAAAUCCGCAACAUAUAGACAUAUAUAGUGCAUCUUGGGGUCCGGAUGAUGAUGGAAAAACGGUUGAUGGACCAGGAGAACUAGCCUCUCGCGCCUUCAUAGAAGGUGUCACUAAAGGAAGAGCGGGAAAGGGUAGCAUUUUCAUUUGGGCUUCAGGAAAUGGAGGCAGGGAGAUGGAUAAUUGCAACUGUGAUGGUUAUACAAAUUCAAUUUGGACACUGUCAAUUUCUAGCGCCACCGAAGAUGGCUUUGUGCCUUGGUAUUCGGAGAAAUGUAGUUCUACUCUGGCAACAACAUAUAGCAGUGGAAGCCAGGCUGAAAAACAGGUUGUUACCACAGAUUUGCAUCAUUCGUGCACAGUAUCCCAUACAGGAACCUCUGCUUCGGCUCCGUUGGCGGCCGGUAUAGCUGCUUUGGUACUUGAAUCCAAUAAUAACCUAACGUGGCGUGAUAUGCAACAUAUUGUCGUAAGGACAGCUAAGCCAGCCAACCUAAUGGAUCCCACUUGGUCUAAGAAUGGUGUCGGCAGAAGGGUGAGUCAUUCAUUUGGCUACGGCCUAAUGGAUGCCGCAGCUAUGGUUAAACUAGCUCGUCAAUGGAAAACUGUUCCCGAACAGCAGCGGUGUGAAAUUAAUGCACCACAUGUCGAUAAAGUGAUUCCGCCCAAAAGUCACAUAACAUUGCAACUAUCAGUUAAAAACUGUUUGAACAUAAAUUUUUUGGAACAUGUUCAAGCCAAGAUUACCUUGACAUCACAACGAAGGGGCGACAUUCAAAUAAAUCUUAUUUCUCCUGCUGGAACAAAAGUAACUUUACUAACGCCUAGAGUCCAUGAUACUUCGCAUUCCGGCUUUAAUCAAUGGCCAUUCAUGUCUGUUCAUACCUGGGGCGAAUCUCCACACGGCAAUUGGCAAUUAGAGAUUCACAACGAGGGACGAUAUAUGGGUCAUGCUCUACUUAGAGAGUGGUCAUUAAUAUUUUAUGGUACUACCCAAUCCAUUGACCCAAAUGAUCCAGUUUCCACACCUCGCACAAACUUUGACAUCACAACUCCGAAUUCAAGUUCAACUACUACCAGCCUGUACCAAAUUUAUUCUGCACAAUAUCCACGCAUACCAUCAACUAAUUUUAUUUCGUCUAAAUUGGGAGCAGGUGGAAAAUUCUCCUUAAAUAAAUUAACAGCCAAUCCUUCGAAUAUAGUUAACAAUUUCGCUUUGCCAAAUGCAACAUUGAGCCAUGUUGUUCCCAAUAAAAAAUUUACAAUGAAGCAAGGUUCAUCUUCUCAGAAUAAUAAGAAUUCUAAACAAAAUAAAAACUUUAAGGCGAGGCCUCAGGACAACGCGAAGUUCAACAAAAAUAACAAAGUGAAAUCGAAGGAGAGUAGUUCAACAUCUACACCGACUCCAAAGAACAAAUUUUAUCGCAUAUCACAGCAAGGCAAAAUCUCAUCAUCGAAAUCAACAUCUUCUUCUGAAAAUUUAAAAUCAAAAACAGGGAAAACUCAGCAUUCAUCCGAGCGACUGCAGGCUUCUAUUGAUCACAAAUCAAACAAGAAAGUUGUUGGUGAUUUGCCAAUUACAAAUUCAAAGAAGGUAGUGACGUAUGGUUCCGGAGAAAGCAAUGCGAAAUUGCACGUGAAAGCUACGAAGCAGGUCAAGAAUCUCCUAUCCACAAGAAUUCCCACAACAACAACUGAAUUGUCAGCGACGAAUCGUAUCCAAACUUCAUCGGUACAGUCUAAUCAACGUAUUACCAAACUCUUUGAGCGUUAUGAAAAAAUACAAUCGAUAUUCCCAGAGUUUCAGCCGUAUCAACCAGUGCUGAAAGAUCAAAAGGAAAAUAUUACAAAAAUAGAAAUUGAGAAAUCGUUAAAAACAAACCAUUCAAUGUCACUUCCAUUUAAUGUUUCCACUAAUCCUAGCGGCAGUUUUACAAAGCCAUCACGUGAAAAUACACGCAAACUGUCAUCCAGUUUUGUGCCAGACCAAAAUAUUUUAAAGAAGCAGCAACUUUUAUUGGCCGCAGCCGGAGUUAGUGGCGGAACUCAAAGACCAAUAAGUGGCACUCUAACGUCAUCACAGAAAAAAAUAUUUAAUGCUCAAAUUACUCAGUGGGAUUUGAUUUUCUAUGGCACAGAAGAACCUGCUCAACCUGAUGAUCCUGUUCCUAUGGCCACGGACAAAUUCAACUUGGUUACUGCAGAAGCAGAACGCAAUAAUUUUGACUAUGGCUCAAAUAGUCAGUGGCGUGAUACACCAAAGCUUGGUGAAUCCGGUAUGGAGAACCACGAUCGCACAAAUACAAGUUGCCUGAAAGCUACAAUAAAUCUCCAGUGCUUAGUUUGUGCCCCGCCUACAUUUUUCUAUAGAGGACGUUGCUAUGAUAUGUGCCCUGCCCAUACGUACAUCGCUAGGGGUCAAUUACACGUCGAUAUGACAUACAACAAUCUACGUGGACAGGCACCUGAUUAUGAGGAAUUGCAGGCCAACGAUCGAAAGAAGCGGAGCAGGGGAGCGGAAGUAGGUGAAACUGAUGAUGAUGGUCACACUUUAAACAGUCAAACUGCCUUUAUCUGUGAACCGUGUGAUAAAAGUUGCUUCAACUGUUUUGGUCCCUUGAGUUCCGAAUGUAAAACAUGUUAUAGUGGGAGCCAAUUGAAGAGACGACUGAAUACCAACGAGUCUUAUUGCGUCAAUUUUUCUGAAAGGAGUUCCGGCAAUGCAAUAGCAAGUCAGAGAUCAGAUCGCGACUACCGUUCUUUGCUAUUUUUGGUAUUUUUGGUGCCAUCUGUGAUAAUAAUUUUAGUAGUACUUUUGAACAAAUCUGAGAUAAGAUUUAAUAUCUGCAAAUGCCAACGGAAAGCCGGGAUUGAAUCAUCUGUCGAUUACAGAUAUGAUCGUGUGUCCUUAAUUGCUGAUGAGGAAGCCCAAGAGGAACUGGAUUAAAACCUAACAUCUCUGAUCAACAAAAUUUCCAUUAUUUUAAUAAUGCUUGUGACACAAGGCCAGAUACAUCAAAUUUAAAUAAUGCAAAAGGGUUGCGGAACAAUGUUGCUCAUACUAUACUAUAUAAAGACUUAGAAGCUAUUACGCACUCUCUUUCAAUAGUCUUUUUUAUGGAAAAUAGUAUUGGUAAAGUUAUUUAAAUGAUUAUUUAAGACUUAGCAUAUAUUUAAGUCUCAUUAAAACUAACAUUUUAGCUAAAUAAUUCGAAAUACAUAAUAUUGUUUAAUAUAUGCAUAUGAAUCGGCUUUUUCAUAAUUUACUUUACACUAGUUCAAAUAGUAAUAUAUGGAUUUUUUGUUACUCUAUUAGCGUAUAUCUAUAAUGAAACAAUUUCUCUGUUCCAGAACCUGCAAAAAUCUUCUAGAUUUGCAAUUUUUUUCGAUAUCAUUUAUUGAAAAUCGGUUAUCGUAGUUAAAUAUGCUGAUCGAUACGAAUGUAUACCAAAUCUGGGGUUUAAUUUUUAGGUAUUAACUUGCAAAUUUAAAUACGAAAGCCUAGUUUAUGGUAUGUAAAGUUGCCUUUUCACAUUUUAUAUUGUAGGGAUUGUCUAAAAUAUGUUAUAAAAUUGUUUUUCAUUAUUAAUAAGACGUGGAGACCAGCGUUAAUACUUGUAAUACUUUUUUUAAAGUUACGACAAAUUUGAUUAAGAUUAUAUAAUAAGUUAAACAUUUCUUAUGAAUUUGUAUAUAUUAUUGAUAUUAACAUCAGUUUUAGGAUGUAACAAGUGUUCUCGUAUAUUUGGCAGUCUCCUCAUUUUUAAAAUGUGGAUUUUUUUUUUCAAAAAUUGGAUCCAAAGUUUUUAAUAAUUCACUUUCAUGACAGUAUCAUUAAGCCGCUUUGUGCGUAUUUUAACCAUUGAUUUUGAAAAUAUUUUGUUUUUAUUCUUGACAACAAUAAAUUUGGGAGAAGUCCAACACUCUCAGAGAAAAUUGUGAACAGCUGGUAGCUCUACAAUAUCUUUUAUUCUUCCACGAGUAAUACGUUUUUAAUCGAAAAUUAAAAAUAUUUUUUUUUUCUAAGAGCGCUACCUACAAUUCGACGAAGCGUACACAAAGAUUCAACUUAACCACUGUUGUAAAAUGUUUUGUACGUCCGUAUAUAUUUAAGAAUUUACCAAACAAGAACAUUGUAAAUAUUUAUGCUUUUUUAAUUCACCCAAUUUAAUAGUUUCCAAUUAUAAACAUUUCCGUUUUUUGAAUUAUUAAUUUUUAUUUUCAACAUACAAAAAAUAAAUUGUUUAAUUGUCAUUUUUCAAA